UUUAAAUGCCAAAGAAAGCUCAAGAGCCGCAAGUUGAAGAACAGGAAGAACAAGAGGAAGUACCUCAAGUCCCUCAAGAGGGUACAGGUAAAUUCGAGUAUAUUGAUGGGACCAGUUAUGAAGGUGAAUGGCACCUCUUUGAUGGAGUCAAGAUGAAGCAUGGCAAAGGAAUAAUCAUUCAUGGCACCUCGAAUGCCUCAACUAAGGGUGGCAGUGAAACAUAUGAAGGCGACUGGAACAAAGACCUCAUGCACGGAGAAGGCACUUAUUUAUUUACAAAUGGAGCUAGGUACACAGGGCAAUGGGUAAAUGGAAAAAGGCACGGCACAGGAAGAAUAGAAUAUCUUGAUGGUUCUUCAUACGAAGGAGAAUGGGAGCAAGAUAAGAUGCACGGGAACGGAGUCUAUGUUGAUAAUGACCAAGUCGUUUGGGAAGGCAUCUUUGUUGAUAAUACUUUCGAGUCAAAUAUUCAAAAAUAAACUUCAAACUGAACGUAAAAUCAUGAUCAAAGUAAAAUCUUUUGAAGAAAGUGCUAGAUCAUAUUUUGAUAAAUUCUUUGAAGCUUUUAAUGGCUCAGAUAAGAAGACAAUGAAAGAUAAUAUGGCUCCAUUCUUCAUCAAGCCAGAAGAGUUAGGAACUUUUGUUCAAGAGCCAUAUGCCAAAUUUGAAGACAAACCAGCAGAUCAAUGGAAUGAAGCCUUCCAUAAACUUAUUGAUGGAGAUGGAUUUACUCCCAGUGCUCUAACAAUUGCAUCAGGAGCAACAUUAAUCGACCCAGAAAGAAUUCUUGCUGAGCAACUUAGUGAUAGUCCAGGAGGACAAAUCGUAGAAUUCUCAAAGCAAGUUGAAGCAAAGACCAUUUGAGUUGUUUUAUGUCAACUUUCGGAUGAGAAUUGGACUAUCGUUCACUAUGAAGACAAGGUUGAGGAAUAA